AUGUAAAUUUUUGUAAAGACUUUAACUGGAAAAACUAUUACUCUUGACUUCGAGGUAUCAGAUACUAUCGAAGAUGUUAAAGCUAAGAUUCAAGACAAGGAAGGUAUUCCACCUGAUCAAUAAAGACUGAUAUUCGCUGGUAAACAACUCGAUGAUAGCAGAACUCUUUCUGAUUACAAUAUUUAAAAAGAAUCAACUCUUCAUUUAGUAUUGAGAUUAAGAGGUGGUAUGUAAAUUUUUGUUAAGACCUUGACAGGUAAGACUGUUACUUUAGAUUUUGAGGCUUCUGAUACUAUUGAAAACAUUAAGGCUAAGAUUCAAGACAAAGAAGGUAUUCCACCUGAUUAAUAAAGACUAAUAUUUGCUGGCAAACAACUUGAUGAUGGAAGAACUCUAUAAGACUAUAAUAUACAAAAAGAAUCAACUCUUCAUUUAGUAUUGAGAUUAAGAGGUGGUAUGCAAAUAUUUGUUAAGACUUUGACUGGUAAGACUGUUACUUUAGAUCUCGAACCAUUUGAUACUGUUGAAAAUGUUAAGGCUAAGAUUUAAGAUAAGGAAGGUAUUCCACCUGAUCAAUAAAGACUAAUUUUUGCUGGCAAGCAACUUGAUGAUGGAAGAACUGUAUAAGACUAUAAUAUACAAAAAGAAUCAACUCUUCAUUUAGUAUUGAGAUUAAGAGGUGGUAUGUAAAUUUUUGUUAAGACCUUGACAGGCAAAACUGUUACUUUAGAUUUUGAAGCUUCUGAUACUAUUGAAAACAUUAAGGCUAAGAUUCAAGACAAAGAAGGUAUUCCACCUGAUCAAUAAAGACUGAUAUUCGCUGGUAAACAACUCGAUGAUAGCAGAACUCUUUCUGAUUACAAUAUUUAAAAAGAAUCAACUCUUCAUUUAGUAUUGAGAUUAAGAGGUGGUAUGUAAAUAUUUGUUAAGACCUUGACAGGUAAAACUGUUACUUUAGAUUUUGAAGCUUCUGAUACUAUUGAAAACAUUAAGGCUAAGAUUCAAGACAAAGAAGGUAUUCCACCUGAUCAGUAAAGACUAAUUUUUGCUGGCAAGCAACUUGAUGAUGGAAGAACUGUAUAAGACUAUAAUAUACAAAAAGAAUCAACUCUCCAUUUAGUUUUGAGAUUAAGAGGAGGAAUGUAAAUAUUCGUAAAGACCUUGACUGGUAAGACUGUUACUUUAGAUCUUGAACCUUGUGAUACUGUUGAAAAUGUUAAGGCAAAGAUCCAAGACAAGGAAGGAAUUCCACCUGAUCAAUAAAGACUGAUAUUCGCUGGUAAACAACUUGAUGAUAGCAGAACUAUCUCCGACUAUAACAUUUAAAAGGAGUCAACUCUUCAUUUAGUAUUGAGAUUAAGAGGUGGUUUGUAAAUUUUCGUUAAGACCUUGACUGGUAAGACAAUUACUUUAGAUCUUGAAGCUUCUGAUACUAUUGAAAAUGUUAAAUCUAAGAUUCAAGAUAAAGAAGGAAUUCCUCCUGAUCAAUAAAGACUCAUUUUUUCAGGUAAAUGCCUUGAAGACUUUAGGACCCUUUCUGAUUACAAUAUCUAAAAAGAGUCAACUCUUCACUUAGUUUUAAGACUAAGAGGUGGUAAUAUAAGAAAUAAAUAUAUAUAAUUCUUUACAAAUAUAUAUUAGUGA